GAGUGGUGCUGUCUGACACAACACUGCUACCCUGGUGCCGCUCUGCCUCGAUUCUCCUCUAUGCCUUUCGCCUCACACUCUGCUUUGCUGGAUAAUUACCACUGUGUCUGCCAGAGACAGCGACAGAGGACAGCAGAGGAGGGAGUCAAAGAAACAGAGAGGCUGCACUCUUCAUUCAACUGCUGCAUUCUUCAGUCUUUCCUUUCCUCUGCUUCCCCGGGCUGCCGGAGAGCGGUGCAAGGAACAACUUGAUGUGAGAGAGCUCCCUAAAGGAAUUUUAUCCUUCUCUCUUUUGCGCUUCCUCAUUCUGUUCAUUCCUGGGACAGAGUGCAGAGGAGGAGAGAAGAGGGAGGGACUGGGAGCAAGACUCUGCCUUCAGCUGCACAGCUCAGUGUCCCACCUUGGUCCAGAGGCAUAUAAGUCAAACACUCACAGUGACUGGCGGACAAGGAGACAGACUGACAGAGACACACAUUGUAUACAUAUAGACAGGCAGAGAAGAACAGAGACAGACAGGUGGUGUAGGUGUCAUGGCGUCAGUGGACAGCACUGGUUCAAGUGUCUCUGGUCGGCUGAGAUCAGGGGAUCUACUUCACGCUGGUCUGGCAGUUGCACUGCUGCUUGGCGUAUGGACUGUUGGUGGACUGGAAGUUUCCACAGGUAAAGUGUCUUCAAUCGAAGCAAUGAAUGGCUCCACGGUUUUGUUGCCCUGCACUUACUCUUCAUGUAUUGGCAUCGAAAAUCUCUACUUCAACUGGCAAUAUAAUGACAAUGGAACUCUCAUAAAGUUAUGUGAAGCGUUGAUCCCUAUGGAGGGUGUGGAGCCGAAGGUCCGUGUGCUCCAUGAGCGUGUUGAGUUUGUCGGCUCCUCAAAGAGAAACAACAUUUCGAUCUUGCUAUGGAAUAUCACCUUUGAAGAUGAAGGAGAGUACAUCUGUUUUGCCAGGAAUCCAAAAGAGAAGAACCGCAACCACAGUGCUAUCUUCACUCUUAUAGUGGUGGAUCAAAUGAAGGAAGUUGACAACACUUUGACAAUCAUUAUUGUCUCAGCGUUGGGUGGAGUCAUAGGCCUAGUUAUCAUUGUCAUGGUGAUAAAGGCUGUUGUUGUUCACUUCCUGCAGAAGGAUGAUGAGAAGAAUAAAGAGUGCCUAGUGAGCUCCUCAGGGAAUGACAACACAGAAAAUGGUCUUUCAGGAGCCAAAAAUGAAAACAAAGGGACACCAAAGGCUUGAACAAAAUGUUAAGUAUGCCUACAUGUUUGUAUAUAUGUUAGACAAAUGUACACACUCAGCGAAAAAUCAGUUAUCUUACUAGUGGCUAACAAAAACAACUUGUAAAAAUGUCUAUUUUAAAUCAUGCUUGAGAUUUGGGAAGUGUGAAGUGUGCAUAGGCCUGAAUCUCUCUCACUUACCAUGGUAGCCCAUUUGUUCCACUGUACAGCUUCUGCUCCACUUUCUUCACAGUGCAAUCUCCAAUUUAUGCAGUUGAGGUGUUAUUUUUUUCUAUGUACUUUCUUACUAUCUAAUAACAUUCACACUAUGUUAAAGCAAGAACGUAUCACAAGGCCGAAAUCUUUUUUAUUCACCCAAUGUCAGUAUUCAGUUUCCAAACCAAAACAUGCUUUACAGUCUCAAUUGAGAAGCUACAAUAUGUUUGAUUCUUAGUCUGGAAAUCUACAACUCCAAGUGAAACUUGGACUCAGAUAUACUCAACCAGUGGGAACAAAAAUCUUUGAUGCCACGUUGAACUGCCAUAAUGAAAAACUGCCAGGAUGUCAGUCGAAGAACAGCACAACACUGCUCAAAUUCUUUCCCUUAGCUCUCAAAUGAUAUAAAUGCACCUGAAUGAAAAUAAGCCAGGUGAUAACUGACUAGAUGUUUGGUUAUAAAUAAAAGAUAACAUUUUUGAGUCCCAAUCACAUAAAUUGUUUAUAAAUAAAAUAGGAAGUUUUACAUUUUAAACACUGACCGUAAAAUUUGUAUUUUGCCAUUUUAAACACUGGGCGCUGUUUUACUGAUUAACUGUGUUUGUAGGUAACGAGUAAAUCCCAACUGUUUCCAAAAGAUCUUUUGUCCUGAUCCACUGACAUUAACCUCAGAAAUGCCCAUUUUCAUGUUUACUUCUGGGUCCAGAUUAGACACACUGCUGGUUUGCUUGGGUCAAAGAUUUUCAGUGAAAUGCUGGUUAGCAGGGACUGACAAAUGGGCUUACCUUAGGUGAAUAAAAGAUCCAGUUCUGCACAGGUUUUAUUGUUUUGCUUUAGAUAAACACAGGUGCCUGUUCUGCUUCUGCUCCCUCGGCUGGCGAGAAGAAAAACAGAAAACUUACAUAAAAAAAAGAACCCUAACCAUCAUCAAAGACAAUCCCCAGACUACCCAGCUCCUGAUUGAAAGGAAUGAACUUAAUCAUGCUGCUUCUGACUAAUAACCAAUGCAUUUUGAGCAUGUGCACAUUUUAUAUAGCUUCAUAUAAGAUUAUAUAUUACACCAUAAUACAGGAACAUUUCUGUGUGUCUCUGCUUGGUCCCCUCCACGCUGCCCUGAACUGCAGGAAGCUCUGUCAAUGCUCAUCUCAACACCGCUACAACUGCUUAACGCCAUUUUAGCCACGUCAGGGUUAUUGAAAAAGAACUUUUAGAAUAUUGGCCUCCAAGUUUACUGUAGAAAAAUUAAUAACUGAGAGAAAGUUUACACUGAUUUAAAAAGUAAGAACAUUUUAGCAGCUCUGUUUGAGUGAAAGAAUUGAAAAGACCUGCCAGAGGAGAUUGAGAAGUUGCUUAAUGGCUCAUUAGCAGGAUAUCUGUAUAAGUAUAAGCACAUGCAGCUCAUAAUGCUGAUUUCCAAAUUUGCAUGUGGAUUCAAUGAUAUACAUAUAAGUCAAAGGAAACUUGCCAAACCCAUCAAGAAUAUACAAGUCCAGUAAUAUAGCCUCAGUAGUGCAGGUAGCAUUGUCUUGGGGCAGCUCACUGCAAAAGAAUGUAAAGACUGUUGGGCAGUCAAAUAUUGUCCAAAAUGUAUGUUUUUAUUCAGUACAAAAAAUCUAUCAAAGAAAUAUUAAUAUUAUUCUGAAUUGAAUGUGUGUGUCAUAAGUGCUUGUUGGUCAGCUACAUUAUUUUGUGUACGUCUACAACUGGCCAAAACUGAGCAUGUUAUAGAGUCUAAACUGAUAAAAGCCAAUCACUACUUGCUGUGAUUGUAUUUAAAACCCUGGCCGUUGAAGAUUUUAAACAUUUUGUUCAGACUUCAUAAACAGCCCCAGUGUUGAUCUUAGCUGUUUAAAAGGGACAUCGGUUGAUGUUGCUGAGAGUAAAUUCAGAAAUUUUUAAAUUACACACAUAUAGAAUUUUUUUAAAAGUAAAUGUUUAAAUGUGCACAAUAUAAACACCAGGGCCCG